AUGAGGGAGAAGAGGAGGGAGAAGAUGAGGGAGAAGAGGAAGGAGAAGAGGAGGGAGAAGCGGAGGGAGAAGAUGAGGGAGAAGAUGAGGGAGAAGAGGGAGGGAGAAGAGGAGGGAGAAGAUGAGGGAGAAGAUGAGGGAGAGAGGAGGGAGAAGAUGAGGGAGAAGAGGAGGGAGAAGAUGAGGGAGAAGAGGAGGGAGAAGAUGAGGGAGAAGAGGAGGGAGAAGAUGAGGGAGAAGAGGAGGGAGAAGAGGAGGGAGAAGAGGAGGGAGAAGAGGAGGGAGAAGAUGAGGGAGAAGAUGAGGGAGAAGAGGAGGGAGAAGAGGAGGGAGAAGAGGAGGGAGAAGAGGAGGGAGAAGAUGAGGGAGAAGAUGAGGGAGAAGAGGAGGGAGAAGAGGAGGGAGAAGAUGAGGGCGAUAACGACUUCAUGGAGAUCAGGAAGACUGAGAAGAAAGGAGAGAAAACACAACAAUCCAGAAAACGUGUCCAAAAGAAGGAUUAGCGACGGAGCAGCGGCUGUAACCCGAGCCCCAGACGCCCAGGGACCCUCGUGA